GCGCUCGAGUCCGGAUACCAGGUGGAUGACUCCGAUUCUGCCCGGCCCAAGGCCUUCUUCAAGUCGGCCGCCGAGGUGGCUGAAGAGCUCGGGUUCAAGGUCCUGGACGCCGAAAGUUCGGGGGAUGCGAGCCGGCCGAAAGCCUACUUCAAGUCUGCUGAACAAGUUGCUGAAGAGCCCGGAUACGAGAUCAGAAAGCCCUCUACUAGCGAGCACCAGGCGGACAAAGCUGACGAGGAGCCCCGAAGGCAGACGGCCGAGGCGGCAGAGGAGGCCACGGAGAGGAAGCCCAGCCUGGGCGACGCGGGCCGCCCCGAGGUGCCCCCUGCAGCGGGCAGCGCGGCAGCGGCCCGCGAGCCCGAGGCGAGCGCCCCCGAGGAGGCGCCGAGGCCUCCCGCGGGCAGCGCAGCGGCAGCAGCCCGCGGGCUCCGGGCGAGCGCCGCCGAUGAGGCACGCAGGCGUCGGGGGAGGUCAGUCAGUUGUGGGAAGAUGCCAAGUUGUCAGAGAGCUCCAGGGCGCUGGCGGUGA